AUUCGCAGCGCGUGCUUGUUCUUUGUGUCUCUCUCUCUCUCUCUCUCAUACACACACACACUGUCUCUCUCUCUCUCUCUCUCAGACACAAAGCUGAGUCGCAGAUGUGCGCGAGCGCGGUGCGGGGAUGGUGAGAGGGGCUCGAGACCUGCUUAUCCUCCUCCUCCUCCUGAUGCUGAGCGCCGGUGCGGGAUUACUCUGAGCGCUGCUGCGGGAUUACUCUGAGCGCUGCUGCGGGAUUACUCUGAGCCGGGGCGCAGGGACCGGAGCAAAGCAGUGAGCGCGUGGUGUGGAAGAGGAGGCGGAAUAAACAAACAAACAAACAAACAGCAGUAACAGUGUUGCACUGACAGGUUGGAUUCACCAUGUUGUUCUACGUGUUCACUCUUGGUUGACACGCGCUUGUUUAGCUUUCCAUCUGUGUCCGGAUUCUGUAGCAGGAUGCGACAGUGAACCCUGUCGCCUGCUCGAUAUGGCGGACCCCCAAAUGUCGUCGUCGUCCUCCUGUGUGGGCCAGACCAACUGCUUCAACAACAACCACAACAACUCCAAAGAGUACUGCUACUCGGCACGGAUCCGCAGCACCGUGCUACAGGGCCUGCCUUUUGGAGGAGUGCCUACUGUGCUCGCACUUGACUUCAUGUGCUUCCUGGUACUUCUCUUUGUCUUCUCCAUCUUGCGGAAGUUGGCAUGGGAUUACGGCAGGCUGGCUCUCGUGACCGACGCUGACAGACAGAAGAAGAGAUUCAGCGGCAUGGAAGAGCGGGAAUACGUGGCUUCAGCAUUGCAUUCAGAAACUCCAGAUCGUUACGAGCGCCUCACUUCCGUCUCCAGCUCCGUGGAUUUCGAACAGCGAGACAACGGUUUCUGCUCUUGGCUGACGGCCAUAUUUCGAAUAAAGGACGAGGAGAUCCGGGAGAAGUGUGGCGAAGAUGCCGUGCACUACCUCUCCUUCCAGCGGCACAUCAUCGGGCUGCUGGUGGUGGUGGGCGUUCUGUCAGUGGGCAUCGUCCUGCCUGUGAACUUCUCCGGAGACCUGCUGGAAAACAACGCAUACAGCUUUGGCCGCACCACCAUCGCAAACCUGAAGUCGGGGAACAAUCUGCUGUGGUUACACACGUCCUUUGCGUUCCUGUAUCUCCUCCUCACAGUCUACAGCAUGAGACGCCACACCUCGAGGAUGCACUACAAGGAGGACGACCUGGUGAAACGCACUUUGUUUAUCAAUGGCAUCUCGAAAUAUGCUGAGGAGAUCCAGAUCAAGCAGCACUUUGAGCAAGCCUACGAGAACUGUGUCGUGCUGGAAGCACGUAUCUGCUACAACGUGGCCAAGCUCAUGGCUCUCAACGCUGAGAGGAAGAAGGCUGAGCGUAGUAAGAAGUUCUUCACAGAUCUGCAGGCAAAGGAAAAUAUGCCCACAAUGAUCAACCCCAAACCGUGUGGCCACUUGUGCUGUUGUGCAAUUAAAGGCUGCGAAGAGGAGGAAGCGAUGAGCUACUACACGAAGCUGGAAGCGAAACUCAAAGAGGAAUACAGGAAGGAGAAGGAGAAGGUCAACACCAAACCUCUGGGCAUGGCUUUCGUCACCUUCCAAAACGAGGCCAUGACUGCAAUAAUCCUGAAAGACUUUAACGCGUGUCAGUGUCAGGGCUGUGUGUGUCAUCAGGAGCCACGUUCCUCUCAGUUCAGUGAGAGUCUUCACGUCUAUAACUGGAGCGUGACCUACGCCCCUGACCCCCAGAACGUGCGCUGGGAGCAUUUGUCUUUGGGAGGCGUUUCGUGGUGGAUCCGUUGCUUAGUCAUUAACUGCAUCCUCUUCCUGCUGCUCUUCUUCCUCACAACUCCAGCCAUCAUCAUUUCCACCAUGGACAAGUUUAACGUUACCAAACCAGUGGAGUAUCUCAAUAAUCCCAUCAUCACCCAGUUUUUCCCCACUCUCCUGCUGUGGGCCUUCUCUGCUCUCCUGCCCACCAUUGUCUACUACUCGGCUUUUUUCGAGGCCCACUGGACCCGGUCGGGAGAAAACCGGACCACCAUGCACAAAUGCUACACGUUUCUCAUCUUUAUGGUCCUGUUGCUGCCGUCUCUGGGUCUCAGCAGUCUGGAUGUUUUUUUCCGCUGGCUGUUCGACACACAGUUCCUGGCUUUUGCCACUGUCCGAUUUGAGUGCGUCUUCCUCCCUGAUAAUGGAGCGUUUUUCGUGAACUAUGUCAUCGCGUCUGCAUUCAUCGGGAACGCAAUGGAUCUGCUUCGCAUUCCUGGUCUUCUUAUGUACAUGAUCCGCUUGUGCUUGGCUCGAUCUGCUGCUGAGAGACGCAACGUAAAGCGGCACCAGGCCUAUGAGUUUCAGUUUGGUGCAGCCUACGCCUGGAUGAUGUGCGUCUUUACCGUCGUUAUGACGUACAGCAUCACCUGCCCAAUCAUCGUGCCCUUCGGUCUGAUGUACAUGUUGCUGAAGCAUUUAGUGGAUCGCUAUAACAUGUACUACGCCUACCUGCCGUCCAAACUGGACAAGAAGAUCCACUCGGGAGCCGUCAAUCAGGUGGUGGCAGCGCCCAUCCUCUGUCUCUUCUGGCUGCUGUUCUUCUCCACUGUACGCACAGGUUUCGUGACGCCAACGUCCAUGUCGACGUUUGUGGUGCUCAUCAUCACCAUCGUGGUUUGUCUGUUACACGUCUGUUUUGGCCAUUUCAAGUAUCUCAGUGCUCACAACUACAAGAUUGACACCAAGGACACCGAUGUGGACACCAUGGAGAACGGACGUCCUGUACGCUCCUCGCCCUCCAGCAAAUCUCCGCAGCAGAUGUAUAUCGCGCAGGUUCUACAGGACCCAAUCUGCGACGAGACGGGCGGAAACAGCGGAGAGGACGACGGCCAGGGAUCCUCGCAGGACGAGGAGAUGAUCCACGGAGGCAACAGCCUGAACGAGGCCGACUUCCAAUCCGGGGAAGACAGCCUCAUCGCCAACGAGGUCCGCCACUAACGCCAGCACUGAUGGAGAGAGAGAGGGAGGGUGGGAGAGAUGGAUGGAUAAGAUCGAUAGAUAAAGAGCCAAAAUGGAUGGCAUGUGAUUGGAAUUGGAAGAUGGACCAGAGAUCCAUGCUUAAGCUUUCCACAUGUUUGUCCAAGCUGUGUCAUCUCCAUCAUGAGCAGAGCGGAGUGUGUAGGUUCUUGAGGAGUACGUCGCUUCGAUGUUCGUAACUCCUCCUGCCAGAAACGCUGCAAUCAAAUCAAUCGAGCACCAUCUUCAAGCACAAACUGCACAUGCUGAGCGUACACUCACACUACAUACGUUAUUCCUCAUGUCUGGGUUUUUUGGACUACAUGCAAGUAGACAGUUUACACACUUGGAAUUUGUGUUGCAACAAACUGGUGAUGGAAAAAAAAAAAAUCAGUAAAUUGUGUGUGAUCAUCUCCAUCAAGGAAAGAAGUGUAUUUAUGGUGUGUGGGUGUGGAUAAUUUUUUUUUUUUUUGAAUUUAUUGAAUUGAAUUGAAACUCUCCCUGAAGAGAAAGUCAAACGGAAAUCCAGUAACUAGCCUCAGAUCUACUCCAGUAACUCAUAAAUGAAAUGGUACGUGAAGGAUUUCCAGAUACGACUCUAACACAUGGAAACGGACAAACAAAUCCACCUCUGAUGAAGAAAAACGAAAGUCCACUCAUCUCCAGAAGAGAGGCCAGGUCUGUGGGAUUUCUCCUGCAGUAACUCCUUUCUUUCUGGGACUUGAUCAUGACCCUCGACACUAAAAUUCUCAACCCAUCACAUCUAGUUUAUAGAAUUAGUUGCUCCGGAAGCUAAUUAGUUGCUUGCUCGGUCAGUCUUUUCUUUACGCAAGAGAACGGAUUUAAUAUCAUCCCAAAGGACAUGUGCAAUAGAGAAGAGCUUGGGGAUAAGACCACAUUGGAGACAAGAUCACAGUGGCAGCCUCGUCAUUCGAAAACCUUCAUCACUAUUGAUUAACGGGGGGUGUUUGUUUUUUUUUUUUUUUUCCCCUCUUUUCUCUCCCCUCUGGUGGACGAUGCCAUCAAAGCAUGUAACGGUCUUCAGGUGCUGUAGUGUUUUGCACUUGGAAGGCUCUUUUCUGGUUUCUCAUGGAACAAUCCAAUGAUCUUGAAUCUUUAAUUAAGGAAUAAUACACUCUAGGGUGUGCAGUUCUAGGAAAUGAGUCAACAACAGGGUGGUUCCUGUUAGCAACUCGUACCAAGCUGAUGAUUUUCCUUUAACUGCACAUCCCUGAGUGUAUUCCAUUUAUACCAUAGCAAUUUGCUUGUUGGAAUAGAGCUACGGUAGCUAGUGUGUUGGAAUUGCGAGAAAAUCCUCUUAUGCUAGCUGAGAUGCUAGGUGUUUGUCAGUCCCAGUUAUUCUGUAAGCAAGUUCUGUUCACUGUUAUACGCAACGUCUAUUUUACAGUCAUUCCAUAGUGCAUAGCGCCUCAUCAGCCGUCAGCCACGUACGACUCGAUUUUGUCGAAUAACUGUUUUAUUCUAUCCACAUUUACUGGACUUUGAGAAACUGAGCAUAUAUUUUUUUUUUUGCAAAUUCGAUAAAUAAAAACUUUAUCCAAAACAUCCGACAAAAUCAUUCCUGCUUAGAAUGUCAACAAACUGGCGAAAUGACAGCAAUUUGUGAAAAAUGCGAGAAUUCUUGAAAUAAAAAAAAAAAAUGCGUUCUUACCAUCAAAUACUUUCCAUUUUAUAUUUUUGGGGGUCUUGUUUUCAAGUACGGUUUUUUAUUUCGUCCUCAGUUGCUUCCGCAACAAGCUCCGCCAUUUUGUUUUUCUCUCCUCACGGUAUAUAAACUGAUAUCCUAGUAGUAGACUAGCCAAUCAGAGCACAUGAUUCCUCAUAUCCAGUGAAUGUGGAUAGAAUAAAAUGUAAUAUUUACACAGACCAGCCAUUAUAUUAAACCCACUUAGAGGUGAAGUAAAUGGUAUUUCUCGAACACUCGGAGCUGUUUCAGUGGCACAAUGGUUCAGCGACUUGGACGAUAUUAGGCAGGUGGAUUUAAUGUUAUUGAUCGGUGUGUUUUGAAUGUUAACUCUAAUUCUGAUCUGGUGUUAGCGGUCUGUAUAAUUAAUUAACUUUUCUAAUGUUUCAGAAAGAUUUAUAUUUUAAUAAAUCAUUCUUUCUCCUCAA